ACAAAACCUAUUCACACUCGUGCCCCGUAAACAAACAACGACGUCCACGGCCGCCGGUCUUGUCUAUCAGUCGGUUUCAUUUCGUUUGUUGGUAGAAUAUUUGCUACAUUGUGUUUUCCUACAUUUACUACCCUGUUCUCCGUAUCUGCAUCGCGUGCCAUACACUCGAAGAGUUUUUAGUGCGUACGCCCGUAGACCACGGAUUACCGCCAACAUAUUUUUUUGAAUAUCGCCCGGCAAGUUUUUUUCUAGUCGUCACCGCCGCAACACGUUAUUAUAAUGUCCGAAGUGGCUGCAGAAAACAACGUACCCGCCGCCGUCGCCGCGGAACCCGUCGUCAACAACGGCAACAUAGAAAACAACCAGGAGAGCGAAAAACGUGGACGCAAGCGAAAUGCUGGUGGAAAACGUACAAAAGCUUUGGAUAUUAUUAAUGCAGAGGCUGAGCUUAUUACAAAAGGAUUAAAUAGUUCUGAGGAAGUUGAUGGAAGGAGAACAACACGAUCUUCUACAAGAGGUUCGACUGCUGCAUCGAAGGCAAAAAGUGAUGCUCCUCCACCAAAAAAAGAAAAGAAAACCCCAACAGGAAAAGGUAAAAGAGGGAGGAAAUCUAAGGCAGUUGCAAAUGACGAAGAAGAAGAAAUAGUUUCUGCUGAAGAAAAUGGCAUUGCUGAAAAUGAUAGUGAAUCCAAAGAUGAUAAGGGCGGUAGUUCUACUGAAGAAGAAGUAGAUUCAAAAACUGAAGAAAAAGUAGUAGAAAAUGGAAAUGAAUCAACCGAUGAUGAGAAAAAGGUGGAUGAGGGCAAGGAACCUGCAUCUGAACCUGAAAAAUCUUCAGUAACGGAAGAAAAAAAAGAUUCCUCUGAAUCAUAAGCUGUAAAUCAAAAUGCUAAUGUUUUAGUGUUUAAUAAGUCUAGUGUUAAGCAAGAAAUAUAAUACUUAAAUUUAUUUUGAUAGUUACUGUCAUGACUUUGGUACAAGUUUUUUUCUUUUUUUAAUUUAGUGUCUACUCAUAUUUUUUUUUUUUAACUGGCCGUCCUGGUAUCCAGGCAUUGACUUAACUUUUGGACAAAUUUUUCUAAACAAUACUCAUUCUGGUACAAGCAUCUUCAUUUGUUUUAUCAGCAUAUAGUUGUUAUGUUACCAUUCUAUAUUGUCAGAUGUGACAAAACCACAAUUAUAAUUACCACUGUGAAACAUAUUUUGCAUCUUUUUUAAUUCAACUGUCUUGAUAAUUAUUUAAUAAAUUGUAGCUUAAAAAAUAUUAAUAGUCUUUGUAUGUUAAUAAAAGUAGUAAUAUUUAUAUUAAAUAUCUAGUAGAUAGUACUCUUAAAUACUUUUUUCUGUAACUUGUAGUAAUAAUUAUUUCCU